UGUGUAUUUGAAGAAGAGGGCGAGAGAAGGGACUGUUGCAUAGAGAAGAAGAAAUCUGGUACAUUCACAGACAGGCCUUUUCUUUCCUCUGUUCUCAUUCUGCAACUUUCAUCUCUGUUUCAUUGGAAGUCUCAGCAAGUUGCAGAAGAUGUCCGGUCACUGGGGGAUACUUGUUUCAGAUCCAUUGCUUCAAAAUCAGUUCACUCAAGUCGAGCUUAGAAGCUUAAAGUCCCACUUCAUGAGCAUGAGGAGGGAAAGCGGGAAGCUUGCGAUUGGUGACUUGGCUUCCAAGAUGUCGAGGUUGAAAGUGGUCGGAGAAAAUCUGAGUGAGGAAGAAAGAGCCUCUUUCAUCCAGGGUUUGUAUCAGAACGCAGAAGAGGAGGUCGAUUUUGAAUUGUUUCUCAAGGUUUACUUAAAGCUACAGAAUUUUGCAAGUUCAAGGACAGGAAAUAAUGCAAAGAAUCCCUCUGCAUUCCUGAAGGCUGCUACGACCAACUUGCUUCACACCAUCAGUGAGUCUGAGAAGGCAUCAUAUGUUGCACAUAUAAAUAACUAUCUUGCAGAAGAUGGCUUCCUCAAGAAAUACCUACCUAUUGAUCCUUCAACUAAUGAUCUGUUUGAAAUAGCAAAAGAUGGUGUUCUUCUAUGUAAGCUUAUCAACGUAGCAGUUCCGGGUACAAUUGAUGAACGAGCAAUCAAUACAAAAAGAAUACUUAAUCCAUGGGAGAGAAAUGAAAAUCACACGCUUUGCCUAAACUCUGCUAAAGCAAUUGGAUGCACAGUGGUCAAUAUUGGGACUCAGGACUUCAUUGAAGGAAGGCGUCAUCUAGUACUCGGAUUGAUUUCACAGAUUAUCAAGAUACAACUGUUGGCAGACCUGAACCUAAGGAAAACUCCUCAACUGGUGGAGUUGAUCGGGGAUAGUAAGGACAUGGAAGAAUUGAUGAGUCUACCGCCAGAAAAGAUCUUGUUGAGGUGGAUGAAUUAUCAUUUGAAAAAAGCAGGCUAUAGGAAGAUAGUCACCAACUUCUCCUCUGACGUAAAGGAUGCUGAGGCUUAUGCUCAUCUUCUAAAUGUUCUUGCACCUGAAUACACAAAUCCGUCCACAUUGGAAGUUAAAAAUCCAUUUGAAAGAGCGAAGUUAGUCCUUGAACAUGCUGAUAAGAUGGGUUGUAAACGAUACUUAACUGCAAGAGAUAUAGUGGAAGGGUCCCCAAAUCUUAAUCUUGCUUUUGUUGCACAUAUUUUCCAGCUCAGGAAUGGACUUUCAACCCAAACAAGACAGGCAUCUUUACUUGAAACAUUGCCAGAUGACACCCAAGACUCCAGAGAAGAGAGAGCAUUUCGCCUUUGGAUAAAUAGUCUUGGCAAUUCUACAUAUGUCAACAAUGUUUUUGAGGAUGUCAGAAAUGGGUGGGUACUACUAGAGACUCUUGACAAGGUGUCGCCAGGGAUUGUCAAUUGGAAGAUCGCUAAUAAGCCUCCAAUUAAAAUGCCAUUUAAGAAAGUGGAGAACUGCAACCAAGUUGUGAAAAUUGGGAAACAACUUAGGUUUUCUCUGGUAAAUGUUGCAGGAAAUGACAUUGUGCAGGGAAAUAAAAAACUGAUAUUGGCUUAUUUGUGGCAACUGAUGCGAUACAACAUCCUACAACUCCUAAAGAACUUGAGAUCUCACUCUCAUGGGAAGGAAAUAACUGAUGCUGAUAUUUUGGGAUGGGCCAAUAACAAAGUGAGAAGCUCAGGAAGCCAGAGCCGCAUGGAUAGCUUUAAGGAUAAAAGUUUGUCCGAUGGAAUUUUUUUCCUGGAGCUCCUUAGUUCUGUGCAGCCCAGAGCUGUGAACUGGGGCCUCAUUACAAAAGGAGUAACUGAUGAAGAGAAAAAGAUGAAUGCCACUUAUAUUAUCAGCAUUGCAAGAAAGCUUGGAUGUUCCAUAUUCUUGCUUCCUGAAGACAUCACUGAGGUGAACCAAAAGAUGAUCCUUACAUUAACAGCAAGUAUAAUGUAUUGGUUCUUGAAACAUCCACAUGAAGAGAGGCCAGCAGCAACUUCAGACAGUGAGAGUGGGAGUCAAAUUGAGACUGUGUCAAAUUCAACUUUAGAUGACUCUGCCUCUGAUUCUUCCUUAGAGGAAAAUCCCAACAUGUAAAUAUGCCUUGAGUGAAUACUCCUUUUUUUCUCUUCAUUUUUAAGUUUUUGAUAUUAUGGUUUAUAUAUAUAAGUAAUAUAUGAACCUACCCUUUUUAUAGUUGAACAUAACACUAGGUAAUUUAAUGAUUGCCAAGCAAAUUUUGCUCCCUUCAACUUUUUAGGUGAAUAGUGGAUUUGUUUCUUCUUUUGGUUGAAGAUAUAAAUAUUUCCAUUUUGUGGCA